AUGGCAACUCGCACCUCUACCCGACAUGCAGCAACGAAGGCAAAUGAAGCCCUGCAUGAAAAUGCACAACAGGGCAGAAGGAAAUCGACUGAAGCAGGCCAAAAGCGCAAGGCUUCGUCUAAGAAAGAUAUUCCGGAACCAAAGCGAGAGAAGCAUACCAAGGAUGAGAUCAAGAAAUCCGCAGAUGAAGCGGCAAUAAAACAGGAGCCUGCGAAAAAUACCACAACGCAAAAUGAGCCAAAGAAAACUGAAGCUGAGAAGCCACAUGCUCAUCAUGCAUAUGUGAAAGACGAGGAGGCUGAAGAGUCAAGUGAGAUGAAACCCUCUGAUAUUUCUGGGAAUAAGGAAUCAAAGGCCGCCACGGACACAAAAACAGAAAGCCCCCGGGGUGAAAGUAUACCAUCCAACAUUAUGGAGGAGGGGAUCAUAUAUUUUUUCUUUCGGGGUAAAGUUGGCGUUGAAGAACCAAAAGGUGUCGAUGAAGUUGCCCGUACCUUUAUUGUUCUCCGCCAUCAGCCCAUUGGAGCCAACCUAAGUGCCGGGCUUGCCGGGGGUGAAAACAACUGUCGACUUCUCUUGUUGCCUAAGAAAACAGUUCCCACGUCAAGCCGCGAAAAGUACAUGGGCUUCGUUGAGAAAGCGGGGACCGACCUGAAGACCCUGAAGGAAUCGUUUUUGGGUGAAGAAUAUGAGACCAAGACGAAAGGCACGCAAUUUUCGCCCACUGCUACCCCAUUAGCCGAAGGCGUUUAUGCACUUACUUCGACCACGAGAACCUCUCACUUGGCGUAUAUUUUGACAAUACCAACCGAGUUAUCCCAGGUUCAGAAAGAUUUUGGUUUACGAGAGAAAGGCUCUUUCAUCGUGGCCUCGAAGAAUCCCAAGUAUCCUGGUCCAUCCAGUGCAAGGCUGCCAAAGCCCCCAGACUAUCCGCAAAGUUUGAUGGAUGACUUCCGCGACCUCCGCUGGGUGCCUCUUAAACCGAAAUUCAUUGAUUAUCCGAAUGCACAGUUUAUGAUGCUAGGCGAAGCGCAAGGCCACCUGGGCAAGGGAGGCAAGACGGAAGGAAAAGCCCCGGAGCAGGAGGAUGCAGGUGAGGAACUCGAGCAUCUUGAGGGUGAGGAUGAAAUACGGGCUGAGGCGCUGGACGACAGCGAUAAAAUUUUCGAAGAUCUGGGGCUUAGCGCAAAGCAGUUUCCGCAAGUUCCAACUACCUGGGAAUAA